UCAAGAGAAAGAGCACAGAAGGAGCAGUAGACAGGCUUUUCUGAAGAUCUCACUGAACUUCCUCAGAAGAAUGAAACAGGAUCAGCUGGCUGACUCUCUGCAGAGCAAAUGUCCUGCAGCCUGCCAGCAUAAACUCAAAUCUAAUCUGAAAGAGAGGUUUGAGUGUUUGUUCGAGGGGAUUGCCAAAGCAGGGAACCCAACUCUCCUGAAUGAGAUCUUCACAGAGCUUUUCGUCACAAAAGGAGGGUCUGGACGGCUCAGCAAUGAACAUGAGGUCAUACAGAUUGAAACAGCAUUCAGGAAACCAGCAGGAGAAACAGCGAUUAGAUCUGAAGAGAUCUUCAAACCUGGAAUAGAUCCCCCUAUCAGGACACUGAUGACAAAGGGGGUGGCUGGCAUUGGGAAAACCAUCUUAACACACAAGUUUGCCCUAGACUGGGCUGAAGACAAAGCCCACCAAAAUAUACAGCUCACAUUUCCAGUCCCUUUCCGAGAGCUAAAUUUGCUGAAAGGAAAAAGGUACAGCUUGGUGGAACUUAUUCAUCACUUGUUUGGUGAGACCAAAGAAGCAGGGAUCCUCAGGUUUGAUGAGUUCCAGGUUGUGUUCAUCUUUGAUGGUCUGGACGAGUGUCGACUUCCUCUGGACUUCCAGAACAAUGAGAUCCUGACUGAUGUGACAGAGUCCACCUCAGUGGAUGUUCUGCUGACAAACCUCAUCAGGGGGAAACUGCUACCCUCGGCUCGUCUUUGGAUAACGACACGACCUGCAGCAGCCAAUCAGGUUCCUCCUGAGUGUGUUGACAUGGUGACAGAAGUCAGAGGGUUCACUGACCCACAGAAGGAAGAGUACUUCAGGAAGAGAUUCAGAGACAAGCAGCAGGCCUUCAGGAUCAUCUCCCACAUCAAGACAACACAAAGCCUCCACAUCAUGUGCCAAAUCCCAGUCUUCUGCUGGAUCACUGCCACAGUACUGGAGGAUGUGAUGAAAACCAAUGACGGUGCUGAGCUGCCUAAGACCUUGACUGAGAUGUACAUCCACUUUCUGGUGAUUCAAACCAAACUCAGCAAUGUAAAGUAUCAUGGCGUAGCUGUGACAGAUCAACACUGGAAUCCAGAGAGCAGGAAGAUGAUUGAGUCUCUGGGAAAACUGGCUUUUGAGCAGCUGGACAAAGGCAACCUAAUCUUCUAUGAAUCAGACCUGACAGAGUGUGGCAUCGAUAUCAGAGAGGCCUCAGUGUGCUCAGGAGUGUUCACACAGAUUUUCAAAGAAGAGAGAGGGCUGUACCAGGACAAGAUGUUCUGCUUCAUCCAUCUGAGUGUUCAAGAGUUCCUCGCUGCUCUUCAUGUCAAUCUGACAUUCAUCAACUCUGGUGUCAACCUCCUGGCAGAAGAAGAAGAUUCAAACCUUCAGACUUCUGAUCUGUUGAGUAACAAAAUCCAACUCUUCUAUCAGAGUGCUGUGGACAAGGCUUUCCAGAGUCCAAAUGGGCACCUUGACUUGUUCCUGCGAUUCCUUCUGGGCCUUUCCCUUGACACCAAUCAAAUUCUUCUACGUGGCCUCCUGACACAGACAGGAAGUAACUCACAGACCAACCAGGAAACAGCUGAGUAUGUCAAGAAGAAAAUUAGGCAGAGUACAUCUCCUGAGAAAAGCAUCAAUCUGCUCCACUGUCUGAAUGAGCUGAAGGACCAUUCACUAGUGGAGGAGAUCCAAGACCAGCUGAAUUCAGGAAGUCUCUCUACAGAACAACUCUCUCCCGCUCAGUGGUCAGCUCUGGUCUUUAUCUUACUGUCCUCUGAGGAAGACCUGGAUGUGUUUGACCUGAAGAAAUACUCUGCUUCAAAAGAAGCUAUUCUGAGACUCCUGCCAGUGGUUAAAGCCUCCAAAAAAUCUGUAUUGAGUGUCUGCAACCUAUCAGAGAGAAGCUGUGAAGCUCUGGCAACAGUCCUCAGCUCGAAGUCCUCCAGUCUGACAGAGCUGGACUUGAGUAACAAUGACCUGCGGGAUUCAGGGGUGAAGCUGCUCUCUGCUGGACUAGAGAGUCCAAACUGUAGACUGGAGACUCUCUGGUCAGGAUUCAAUCUGCUGUCAGGCUGCCUGAUCACAGACGAAGGCUGUGUAUCUUUGGCCUCAGCUCUGCGCUCCAACCCCUCCCAUCUGAGAGAACUGGACCUGAGCUACAAUCACCUAGGAGACAUGGGAGUAAAGCUGCUCUCUGCUGGACUUGAGAAUCCGCACUGGAAACUUGACACUCUCAGGGUUGACCAGGGAGAGCGAUGGAUGACACCAGGCUUAAGAAAGUAUGCCUGUGAACUCACACUGGACCCAAACACAGCAAACAAAAAUGUCCUCCUCUCUGAAGACAGCAGAAAGGCAACAGUGGUGAAAGAGGAGCAGCCAUAUCCUCCUCACCCAGACAGAUAUGACUUCUUGUUUGGGGUGAUGUGUGUUAAUGGUCUGACUGGUAGAUGUUACUGGGAGGUUGAGAGGGAGGGAUGGCUCUCUCUAGGAAUAGCUUACAGAGGAAUUGGACGGAAAGGGACUGAUAAUGACUGCAGGCUGGGAAGGAAUGACAAGUCCUGGGCUCUGUUUGCUUCUGAUGGUCUUUUCUCUGCUUGGCACAAUGACAAAGCAAAGACUGUCAACAUCCCACCCUCUGUCCAGUCCAACAGAAUAGGAGUAUACCUGGACUGUCAUGUUGGCAUCCUUUCUUUCUAUGGAGUCUCCUCUGACACAUUGAUCCACCUCCACACCUUCCACGCCACAUUCACUGAACCGCUCUACCCUGAGUUUGGGUUCAGGGAUGGAUCUGCAGUGUCUUUGUGUAAGCUGUCAGAAGGAGAGCAGUCUGGAAACAUGACAGGGUAAUGGCAGAGGUUGACAAUUGACAAAAUGAGGAAAAACCAAAAUAAGCUUGGGUGGUGGUUGAUGAGUGUCAAAAUUCUAAUAUUGUGUGUUAAUGGGAUUUCUUUCUGAUCAAGUGUUGUAAUGUUAGUCACAAAUCAGUUCAGUCUUUUUGCAUAUAGUACAUUAAGAAAACCAGACAGGCUGGUGUUUAGAGAUGUAUCACUUUUCAUGAUAAAUAGUACAAAUGUUACUGUUUAGGUUUCAUUCUUUGGUCAAAUUGAGCAAAUUUUCCAACAAAUCCCACAAAGGAGGUCCAAACCAAUAAUGAAUUAAUGUAUUUGUAUGUAGCCUGCCAUAUAGCCACUGUUGGUCAAACACUGAAUGGCUAGGUUAUUUAAGACACCUGUCUACCUUUGUUCUUCCUUUCUUGCUGCCAUGUGUUCUGGACAGAGGUCGGUAGGCUGAGAUUUAACUGCCAGUAGUUCUAGUUUCUGAGUGCUAACUUGGGUUUUUUAUGCUUAGUUUCCCUGUUGGUGCCUCCAGCUCGUAGACCCUUUUCCCCUACUAUGGUGGAAAGUGGGGCCUGGACAAUUUUAUUCGAUUGUGUAUGCAGGUGGCUAACUAACUCAGUCUCUUUUUGUAGGAUGCCAUCUGCUGCUGCUUUUUGCCUGCCCUUCUUAAUAAAGCCUUAUAAAUAUUGGAGAGUAGGACCAACUAUUUUUGUUUAACCUUUGUAGUUUUAUUUGAUUUAGUGGAGUUGUGAGCCAGUGUGCUGGGAUAGGUUUGUCCCUUCACUGUUUGCUGUGGUUAAAGGUACUGGGAUACAUGAGUGUUUCAUCCAUUUGCUGUGGCUGAACGAGUAUAUGUUAGCAAC